AUCAGGCUGUGAUCCGCUUUCUACUUCCUUCUCCAGAGCCGCUGUAUCAGCAGCGGUCAUGUGACAGUCAGAGACGGCUGCUGCAGGACACGGACCAGGACCAGGACUCUCUUUCUACACCGUCUGUCUGUAUUGGGACCCGAAGGAGCCAUGUCUGUGGUGAAGCUGGAGGAGUAUCGAGAGCGGAUUCGUAAAGAACUGGACAGCGCAGUGGACUUCUGGCUCAAAUACUCUCAUGACACUAUACAUGGAGGCUUCUUUACUUGUAUUGGGCGAGAUGGGAAGGUUUAUGAUGAGCUGAAGUACGUCUGGCUGCAGGGUAGACAGGUGUGGAUGUAUUGUCGCCUGUACCGAACCAUGGAUCGCUUCCGCAGGCCUGAAAUCCUCGAAGCAGCCAAAGCUGGAGGAGCGUUCCUGAGAAAGUUUGCCCGUGUCUCCAGCGGCCAGUGGAAGUGUGCCUUCUGCCUAACACGAGCUGGUAAAGCAGUCAAAAUCCAGAGGACUAUAUUCAGCGAGUGUUUCUACAUCAUGGCCAUGGAUGAACUGAGCAGGGUCCUUGAUGACAAGGACAUGCAGCUGGAGGCUGAGCAGAUGAUGGAGCAGUUGAUCUACUGGGUGAAGGAGGACUCGUCAGGCCUGGGCAGGCCCCAGCUUCCUGGAGAUGUUCCCAGCAACAGCAUGGCCGUUCCCAUGAUGCUGCUGUGUCUGGUGCAACAGCUGACUGACGGCCGGGGUCAAGAGGUCGUUCACAAGUACGGAGAGCUGGCCAGCUGGUGCGUGCAGCUGAUUCUACAACACAUCCAGAGAGACGGCACAGCUAUUUUAGAGAAUGUGUCACCAGAGGGAGCAGAGCUGCCGGGUUGCCAGGGCCGACUGCAGAACCCAGGCCACGCCCUGGAGGCCGGCUGGUUCCUGCUCCAGGUCAGUUUGCGAAGUAUGUAUGAGAAGUCUAGUGAUUAUCAGUGAUGAAAAAAACGAGGCCUCUUCUACUUCCUGGAUGUGGAUGGUCACUGCCCCACACAGCUGGAGUGGAGUAUGAAGCUGUGGUGGCCCCACUGUGAGGCGCUCAUCGCCUUCCUGAUGGCCUACAGUCAGACCAAGAAGCCAGAGCUGCUGGAGACAUUCUCUCAAGUGUAUGAAUACACCUUUAACCAUUUUCCUGAUGCUAAGAACGGUGAGUGGUUUGGCUAUUUGACACAAGAAGGGAAAGUGACUCUGGAUUUUAAAGGAGGCCCCUUUAAAGGCUUCUUCCAUGUGCCUCGCUGCCUGUACAUGUGUGAGCGUAUCCUGGAUGAUCUGCUGGCCAACACAAAGGACUGAGCAUUCUGCCGUGAAUGUUGUAUUGAUGGCAUUGAAUCUGAUUUGUCUGUUCACUAAAUCAAACUACAAGAAUCAGGUUAUAAAGCAAAUUGCACUAAUUUUCAAAUAUGCAUCUGCUGUAAAGUUAUUUGUUUAUCUCAUCACAGACAUCCAGUCACUGAGCAGCUUAUACCAUUUGUUGUGAAUCUAUAUUACUGCAUAAAACAGUAGUCUUCUUUAUAUAGCUUCUGGCCACCAGUGGCUUUAUAUUGACAUUAAAGGACGAUAACUUUCUUGGUCAAAAUAAAUCAUGGUUUUUCUUACUUUG